AUGAUGCCCGCCACACCCACAAUCGUAGCCAGGAUGGCCAGCGCCUCUGCUAUCGUAUCCGGUGCUGUCCCGUCAGCUAGCACUGGCCUGUCUGGAUUCAAAGUGUACGAUGAGACCUUCCACAACAUUCUCGGCUCAGUCCCGAAGCUUGAGAUGAUCCUGGAGGACAACUCCUAUCCCUUCGCCCACGAGGCCAGUGUGUACAUCCCAUCCUCAGAAUCACUCUUCAUGUCCAGCAACAUCUUCACGGACCCGGCCACCGGUGAGAAAACCAUCAAGAUUACCAAGGCUAGCGUGAGCGAGCACCCCGUCACGGCGGAGAUCAUCAACUCCACUAUUCCCCUGCCCAAUGGAGGUGUCAACAACGGCGACGGUAUCCUUUGGAUCGGUCAGGGUACUAUGAACGAGGCGGGUGGUCUCUUCCAGAUGUCCGUGCAUCCGCCGUACAAGACCAAGUUUGUUGUACGUGGUUUCUAUGGCCGCCAGUUCAACUCUCUCAACGACGUGGUCGUGCACAGUAAUGGAUCCUACUGGUUCACCGACCCCGUCUACGGCUGGCGCCAGGGUGUUCGACCCAAGCCUAAGCUGCCGAACCAGGUGUACCGAUUUGACCCGAACACCUCCGAUUUGCGCGUUAUUGCGGAUGGCUUUGGCCGGCCGAACGGCAUCACUUUCUCGCCGGAUGAGAAGACUUUGUACAUCACCGACACCGCCGAGACCAACGGUGAUGGCUCGGAGGAUAAGCUAUUGCCUGCUACUAUCUACGCAUUUGACGUGAUCAAGACCGGGGACCAGCCUUUCCUGACCAACCGUCGCGUGUUUUCCAUGCCCGCAGAGGGUAUUCCCGAUGGUGUCAAGGUUGACAUGGACGGCAACGUCUAUGCUGGCUGCAAGGACGGUGUCAAUGUCUGGUCGGCUGGUGGUGUCUUGCUUGGCAAGAUCCUGGUCAAGGAUGGUACUUCAAAUUUCUCGUUUGGCAAGAAUGGUACCAUGUUCAUUCUCAACGAGAACAAGCUCUGGAGGGCGCAGUUAAAUCAGAAGGUUGAGGGUAACCUUCUAGAAAAAUAA